AUGUCGGAGGCCCCCCCCAGCAAGGAUGCUGCCCCUGCCGAGUGCCCCGUGUGCUACGAGAGGCUGCAGCCGCUGGAGGCCACGCACCGCCGCCUCAGCUGCGGCCACACCUUCUGCCACGACUGCCUGGUGAAGUGCCUGCUGUCUGCCAAGCUGGACGGGCACCUGCAGAGCAGCAUCGUGUGCCCCGUGUGCCGCUUCGUCACCUUCCUCAGCAGGAGGAAGGCUCCGUGGCCGCCCCGGGGCGCGGAGCCGGAGGUGCCCCUGUCGCCGUCCUCGCUGUCGCGGCUGGCCAAGAGCGAGGCCAGCAACGCGCUGGUGGUGCCCGGCCACUUCGUGCUGCCCGAGCGCUGCCCGGCGGGGCUGCCACGGGAGGCCCACAUCUUCAUCAUCAGCGAGCACGGCGCGCCGCUGGCGGCCGCGCACGACUGCGGCCGGCCCGGGAGCACCUCGGGGUCCCCGUCCGAGGCGUCGGGCCCGGCGCUGGGGCUGCAGUGCUGCCAGUCGCCCAUGGCGCUGGCCGUGAUGCUCGUGCUGACCGUGACCAUGCUGGCCGCCGUGCUGCCCUGGCUGCUGCUGGUCAGGAGGGACUCGUAGCACGGCCGGGACACCACCGUGGUGU